AUGCCAGUAAAUGGAUAUGAAUUUAAUGCAAACGACGAGACUAGUUGGUACUUUGGUCAACUAUCUCGAUCGGAAACGAAUGAUCUGUUACAUGAUCAAGAACCUGGAACAUUUCUUAUUCGUGAUUCGGCAACCUUGAAAGGUGAUUUUGUACUCUGUGUUCGGGAAGGUACGAAAACAAUGCAUUAUAUAAUCAAUAAAAUCGAAGAAGACGGCGAAACACCACGUUAUAAAAUUGGUAGCAACUUUUUUGAUAGUAUGCCUACACUUCUUCGACAUUACACAACCCAUUAUCUUGAUACUACUCAAUUGCUUAAACCACUUCCAAAACCAAAUACGUUAACAACUAGUCAAAAUCAAAGAGAUAGUAUAUCAUCUUCUAUCACCAAUGUUGAUACGAGUUUAAGUGAAGAAUCUACAAAGGUCGACAGUCCAUGUCAUCAUUCAUCCAAAGUGAUAUCUCAAGCGACUCUUAUCUUACCCGCAAAAGCUCGUGUUAUUAAGGAUCGCAUCCCAAGUCUCUAUGAUAAACGCUCACUACGUCUACAAAUAGGUGAUCUGCUAAUUGUGAAUCGUGCUGAAAGUAAUGGUCAAUGUGAAGGCACAUUAAUCAAAACAAAUCGUCAGGGAACGUUUCCAUUCACUUAUGUGGAAUUUCUCGAUGAUGAGAAUGAACAAACAAGUCAUCAGCUAUGA